CCAGAUUCUUUCCUCUCCAUCGCAGAUGCUGUGGGCAACGAAGUGGGCCCUCGUGGCGCUGCUGGCCGCGUGGACGGUCACCGUCAUCGCCAACCCCGCCAUCAAGGAAAUCCGGCCCAAGUCGAACAGGCCCGGCCGCUUCCUGUCGCUACCCGUCCCGCAGAAGUGCGCCAACAGACCAAAGGAGUUCUUCUUCAAUGGACACAACUACUUCUACACCGGGCACGUCCCCCAGUUCCGCAACAUUAAGUACGACUGGCUCGACGCGCGAAACUUGUGCCGCGAGUACUGCAUGGACUUGCCCUCGUUCGAGACCCAGGAGGAGAACAAUCUCAUCUUCAGGCUGAUCCAGCAGAGUGAGUACCGAAACCUCAGCAUUGUUCGGAACAAAUUACUGAUACCAACGCCAAAGUAGUUUGAUAGAUAGCAC